CGAAUUUCAGACUUCAGUUGUCUUCAUCCUCCUGUUUGUUCAGACACGAAACCCCUCCCUUCACCAUUUGCUCAGACCACCUUCCAUCAUCUCCCUUCCGAUCGGAGCCCAUAAUAGGCUCUCUUCUCCAUUCCCGAACCCUAUUUUCCGCACCUUCAAUUCUCUCUUCUUUCAAAUGGAGGGAAUAUUCUUCCGAGGAGUGUGGACUAAUGUUAUACUGAUAAUUUUGACUGGGGCUCAUUGCAACCUUUGUAAUGAUAUCCAACUGUAUAUAUGUCCGAAAGCCUUGGACUCUCAAACUCAGCCAAUAGCUGCCACUGGUGCGGAGGCCGGUCAACUUUUUGAGUGCUCCUGGGCAGGAAGUGACAUUAAUAAGAACAAGGCAAUGGUGGAGCAAUUGAAGACUUAUGGAGUGAUCACAUCAGAGAAGGUAGCUGAUGUAAUCGAGAGUAUUGAUAGGGCUUUAUUUGUACCUGAUGGGAAUGUGCCAUACUAUGACAGUCCCAUGCCAAUUGGUUACAAUGUCACUAUUUCUGCCCCUCAUAUGCAUGCCACAUGCCUUCAAUUAUUGGAGGAGAAUUUGCAGCCUGGAAUGCAUGCUCUGGAUGUUGGUUCAGGAACUGGGUAUUUGACAGCUUGUUUUGCAUUGAUGGUUGGACCACAAGGUCGUGUUGUGGGCGUGGAACACAUUCCCGAGUUGGUUUCUUCCUCAAUCCAGAAUAUUCAAAAAGGUGCAGCAGCUCCAUUACUGAAGGAAGGUUCCCUUUCAGUGCACGUUGGCGAUGGAAGGCUUGGUUGGCCAGAGCAUGCACCUUAUGACGCGAUUCAUGUUGGGGCAGCAGCUCCGGAAAUCCCACAGGCACUUGUUGACCAGUUGAAGCCUGGAGGAAGAAUGGUGAUUCCUGUUGGAACUAUAUUCCAAGAAUUGAAGGUCAUCGACAAGAACCUGGAUGGUUCUUUGAGCAUCCGGGAUGAGAUCUCCGUUCGUUAUGUACCUCUCACUAGUCGAGAUGUUCAGUUGCAAGGUGUCUGAGGGUCCGAUAAGUUUCUUACCUGGAGUUUUCUGGAGGUCUGUGGUUGUAGAUAAGUUUCUUUUGUACAUGCGAAUAUGAGUCUUUAUGUGAUUAUUUUCCUCGUCCAAAUCCAUCUGUAGGAAAAUCUGAAGUGAUCAAAACUUUUGAAGAAUUCAAACACCGUCACAAUAUUACUUGGUUCCGGAAUUAGUUUUAAAUAAAUAAAUAAAAA